GCUGGAUCGUAUCCCUCACAGUAAAGAGCGAGGAUGAGGACGGGGACAUGAAGCCAGCCAAGGGGCAAGGCAGCCAGAGCAAGGGCAGCGGGGAUGAUGGGAAGGACCCACGGAGGCCCAAGCGACCCCGGACCAUCCUCACCACGCAGCAGCGAAGAGCCUUCAAGGCCUCCUUCGAGGUCUCCUCCAAGCCCUGCCGAAAGGUCCGAGAGACACUGGCGGCAGAGACAGGCCUCAGUGUGCGUGUGGUCCAGGUCUGGUUUCAGAACCAAAGAGCAAAGGUGAGAAGCCAGUCGCCACCCCCGCUGGGCAGGAGUGGAGUGGGGAGGGGGCAGGCAGAAGACAGAGGGCCUGAU